UGGUGGUGGGAGGUUGAAAAGGCGAAGGUUGCUGCCUUAACAGCAGACAAUCGUCGCUCGCUUCUUCAGAAUUAGCGUAUUGUUCGUCGUAGUCACUCUGUGAGUUAACUGCAGAGGGGGAAUUUCGAUAAAUAAAUUUAUAUAGAAGGAGAUAAAAUUGCAAUCAUGAAGACUGCGGUUAUCUUCUUGUUGGGGAUACUCGGUGCAGUGCAAGCUGUAUCAUUCUUCAAUCUCGUAACAGAGGAAUGGAACACUUUUAAGGCUACGCACAAGAAAUUCUAUGGCUCCAAGGUCGAGGAGAGUUUCAGGAUGAAAAUUUUCAUGGAGAACUGGCACAAGAUUGCUAUCCACAACCGUCAAUACGAGAUGAAGGAGGUUCCUUACAAGCUGGGAAUGAACAAGUACGGUGAUAUGUUGCAUCACGAGUUCGUCAACACCUUGAAUGGCUUUAAUAAGUCUGUGAGUCCGCAACUUCGCGCUCAAAGAGAGCCAAUAGGAGCCAUGUUCAUCGAGCCCGCUAACGUCGAAUUACCGACAACGGUAGACUGGAGAAUGCACGGUGCUGUUACGGAUGUUAAAGAUCAAGGACACUGCGGAUCUUGCUGGUCUUUCUCCACGACUGGUGCCUUGGAAGGCCAACACUUCCGGUCCACGGGUAAACUGAUAUCCUUGAGCGAACAAAAUCUGAUCGACUGUUCCGGUCGAUAUGGCAAUAACGGGUGCAACGGUGGCCUAAUGGAUCAAGCCUUCCAAUAUGUCAGAGACAACCAUGGUCUCGACACUGAAAUUAGCUAUCCGUAUGAAGCGGAGGAUGACAAAUGCAGGUACAAUCCUAAAAACAGCGGCGCCACUGAUACCGGCUACGUGGACAUUCCGGAAGGGCAUGAGUUGAAGCUGAAGGCUGCAGUCGCCACUAUAGGACCGGUUUCAGUCGCUAUCGACGCAUCCGCCGAAUCUUUCCAGUUUUACCGCGAAGGAGUAUACUACGAACCUAGAUGCUCUUCCGAGAAUCUGGAUCAUGGCGUAUUAGUCGUUGGUUACGGUACAAAUGACAAUGGUGAUGAUUAUUGGCUGGUGAAGAAUAGCUGGGGUACAACCUGGGGAGAUAAGGGUUACAUCAAGAUGGCGAGGAAUAAAGAGAACCAUUGUGGUAUUGCGACGAGUGCCAGUUAUCCUCUCGUCUAAUAGUUAAGAAGUAAAUCUAAUAGUUAAGAAGUAAAUUUUUCGUCUGUUCAAGAUCUGCGAAUAUGACAAUUCCAGUAAAAUUCUCAAAAACAGAAACACGGAAAAGAAACGAUGAAAAUUAUAUAAAGGUUUCAUGCUCCCCAUGGGUAGCGAUUGACCGUUUCAUUAUCCUUUCGUUUAUCUUUUUGAUUUAGUGACAAUUGCAGCUAUAGAUUAUUUUAUCGUUAUCCCUUAUACAAAUCGAUUUCUAUUUUUAGUAAAUAUACUGUAAUAAAAGAAUUCUUAAUAAC